AUGGAAGAAAAAUCGAGAGCCCAUAUGAGUUCCUACACGAUUUCUGCAAAAUAUGUGGAAUUUAGAAACGUCCAGCUGGAUAAACUGAGGACUGGAUACACUGAGGAUGACUACAGACUUAGGGUGAUCCCUUUUGCUUUAAAAGGAGAAGCCGAUACUUGGUUCAUGAGGCUACCUCCCAACUCCAUCAGAACUUGGGCAGAUUUCAGAUCCCAGUUUUUGGAUUACUUUUUCCCUUCCACAAGGACCAAUGCUCUGAAAAAGGAAAUUCAAGGAGCCCAUCAGGAUUGCGAUGAGACUCCGAGUCAGUAUUGGAGUGGGUUUAAGGGGAUGUUGGAUGCCUGCCCAAACAACCACAUGGUGGAGGCAGAAAUUUUCAACAAUUUUGAUAAAGGCAUGACACCCGUGAGCAAGGAUCUGAUGAAUUCCUCAAGUGGCGGUGAUUUCUCAAAGUUAAAGGUAGAUCCGAACACAGCCCAACAACCACCACUGUCGAUUACCUACCAACAACCUCCAGCAGUGAGUUAUCAGCAGCCACCAGCCAUUAGUUAUCCACCACAGUCAGAAGGGCAACCCCAGUGGCACAUUGAUGAUGUAGUAGGGGAUUUGAUGAAUUCUCAGCAACACAUUCAGGGAAAUAUGCAAGACAAUAAUGAUCUAGUGCAUAAGAUACAUGAUGCCCAGCAAGAGCAGAAAGCGGCUAUGGAUAUGCUAACUAAGAAGCUCUCCCAGAUGGACACAACUUUGAAUAAGAUACGUGGACAUGAUGGUCGGAUCCCUGCUACUGUCAAAAUGCCUGACCGAGCCAACAUUAGCAAAAUCACUCUGAGCUCAGGUAAAGAUUAUGCUGAACCCUUGGGAAGAACAGAUGAGGGGGAUAGUAGAGAGAACAGUGAGGGAACUCUUUUAAAGGAGGCAAGAGGAACAAGCAAUGCAGUCAAGCGCCUGAAACCUUACCCAUACAGGGGAGAGCCCAAAAGGUUUAUCAAGGACUUCAUAGCUGGAAAAGCUAAGGCCGAUGGGAAGAUUGUGAUUGGAGAAAGUGUGUCUGUUGUAAUCCAGAAGAGGAGACUUCAUUCCAAGAGGACUGAUCCCGGGAUGUUUACCCUACCCAUCAUUAUUGGAGAUGUUAAAAUUGAGCAUGCUAUGUGUGAUAUGGGGGCUUCUAUUAAUGUGCUACCCUUCUCAGUUUACAAGAGGUUAACUGGAGUCAGCCUGGUAGAUACAAAGGUUUUCAUUCAACUGGCGGACAGAUCAUGCAUUAGUCCUGAAGGAGUACUGGAGAAUGUAAUAGUAAGGGUCCAUGAUUUCCUUUACCCUGCAGAUUUUCAUGUGAUCCGUAUGAAUGAGUUUGAAGCUGGUGAGUCUAGUGGAGUAUUGUUGGGGAGGCCAUUUGUACGAACGACCAAAACUAUAAUCGAUGUGAGCGAUGGCACAAUCUGCUUAGAUUACCAUGGGGAGAAAUUUACAUUUAAUAUUGAUGAAGCAAUGGGGAAACCUCUAGACACUGAAAAUAACAUUCCUUAG